AUGCCAGGUGUAAAGAGACAUCACGAUGGUGCCGAAAAACCUAAGAAUACCGAUGCAGCAACUUCGCCCUUCAUAGGUAUGUUCGAGGUCUUCCGCAGCGAAUUGGACGAGCACCACGAUCGAAGAGAGCGUAUCAUCAAGGCCUCGAGGGAUAUCACGGCGGCAAGCAAGAAGAUCAUCUUCGCACUUCAAAGAGUACGAACUUUGAACAAGGCUGUACCUCCCAAGAUCGCUGCAGAAGUCCUCGAGAAGACUACAACCAUGUCAACCCAGUUUAUGGCCAUUGUACCGGACCUCGUUGGCAUCAAUGCAUGGCGAUACCAAAGACAAAUCUCGGGAGGCAUUCAAGAGUACAUGGAAGCGAUCUCUUUCCAGCAUUAUCUUCAACACCAGAAGCUGACCACUCUUGAGGAGGCUUCAAAAUUAUUGCCUGAAGGUGUUAACUUGACUGGGGAUGAUUAUAUUCUGGGCAUCUUCGACUUGGUCGGGGAACUGAUGCGGUUUGGGAUCACUACCAUGGCUACGACCGGAAGUCUUCCAGGAUCCAAGGAAGUAGAAGGUUCUGAGGAGAAGCGUGACCUCUUGAUGGAUUUGAGAUUGCUUCGAACUAGUUUUGAGGCAUUAGAUACUACUUCGUGUGGGGGUACUGGUCUAGGCAAGGAUGUGGAGAAGAAAAUGGAGGUGAUGAAGACUUGUGUCGAGAAGGUUGAGACAGCUGUGUACGGGAUGAUCAUCCGCGGCCGGGAGAGACCAAAGGGCUGGGUUCCAGAUCUGGCUGAUGACAGAGCACCCGUUGAGAGCUAUUGA